UCGCCGAAGUUGGAUUAGAAAAAGAAAGCAAAAAAAAAAAAAAGUAUGGCGACUUGGAUAACGUUUCAUCCUCCGAAUUCAUCUUAUUUACGCCUCAUGCCAUCACCAUCAUCAUCGUCAUCAUCACCAUCACCGUCUCCGGCUUCAUCCACGUCGCGUCGAAGUAACUGUUGUCUCUUUAAGCCACCUCGAUGCGUUCCACUACAGCAACAACUAGAUCCCCAGCUCGUCGAGCAGGGCGAUUUCGAUGGAGCUGUGAUAUUGUGUGAGGAUUGUAACGGGAAAGGAUGGUUGCUUUGUGAUUUCUGUAAAGGUCAGAAAACAAAUGUGAAAUCUGAGAACAAUCGAAUCUAUCGACGAUGCCCAACUUGUAAAGCUGUUGGAUUUGUGUUGUGUGGAAAGUGUAAAGUGUUCAAGUGUGUCACAUUUCCUAAUUCAGAAGACGGCGAUGAACUUAUGUUCUAAAAGCUUUCCUUGUGGUAUCUUCAAUGAUUUGGUUGUCGUUAUAACCUCUACACUCAUCUUGAAAGCAGAAGAAAACUACUACUAGUACACACUCCAACUGUUUUUAUGACUCCAAGGCAUAUGGUUAUUGUUCUUGGUAAUUUGCUGAUGAUGGAUCUUGCUGUCUUUACAGAACCUGUAAUACAUUAUAUCCUCGAUAACAGGUUCAGGAGAUGAUUAUGAAUGCACAUGUAUUAGGCGAUUUGUUUAGAUUAAUAGAUGGUAUUAAAUCUCAAGGAACAAAGAUGUCAUGUGGCGUUUUCCCUUUUAUCGGAUCUCUAUGUUUUAUGUUUUGACUUUGACACUCAUUAAUCAUAUGGCAGAGGAGAACCAACAUGUGAUUUCAUGAA